ACCUCAGAGGCUACGCCCCUUUCCUUCCGCUUCCGGUCUUUCUCCAGUCAUUCAGCCCUGCACCCCAGUUCCGGCGCCGCAGGGUCUGGGUUCCGGGUUCGUUUCCCCGGUUUCCGGGCCGGGCUGGUGUCUCCCGCUGCCGGGCGGAGCGGCGGCCCUCGGGUGUCGGGACUCGCCGGCCGAGCUCCCGCAGGUCCCGUGGCUCCCCGCCGGCCCGGUCUCGGGUCGCGUCGCCUUCCCCCCCAAUGGAGUCCCAGUGCGACUACUCGAUGUAUUUCCCGGCCGUGCCGCUGCCGCCACGCGCCGAGCUGGCUGGGGACCCGGGCCGGUACCGGGCGCUGCCCCGGCGCAACCAUCUAUACCUGGGGGAGACGGUCCGCUUCCUGCUGGUGCUGCGCUGCCGGGGCGGCGCGGGGCCCGGCGUCGGGGGAGGCGCGGGCUUGGCAUCCCGAGGGGCCUGGACCGAGCUGGCGACAGCCCUGGCCGCCCUGGCCUCGGUCAGCGCCGGAGGGGGCAUCCCGGGGGGCGGCGGCGCCGGCGACCAGGAUGCCGAGCCCCCGGGGGGAGGGGACCCAGGGGGCGGAGGCUUGUUUCGAGGCUGCAGCCCCCUUCUCACUCACGGCCCGGGCCCUUCUACCUCAGGGGGAGCGACCACGCUGCCUGUGGAAGAACCGAUCGUGUCCACAGAUGAGGUCAUUUUCCCACUCACUGUUUCACUGGAUAGACUGCCCCCAGGGACACCCAAGGCCAAGAUUGUAGUGACCGUGUGGAAGCGUGAGGUUGAGGCACCGGAAGUCAGAGAUCAAGGCUACCUGCGCUUGCUACAGACUCGAUCUCCUGGGGAGACUUUCCGCGGAGAACAGAGCGCCUUCAAGGCCCAAGUGAGCACCCUGCUGACGCUGCUUCCCCCUCCAGUUCUGAAAUGCCGGCAGUUCACUGUGGCUGGAAAACACUUGACCGUGCUCAAGGUGCUGAACAGCUCCUCCCAGGAGGAGAUCUCCAUCUGGGAUAUCCGAAUCCUCCCCAACUUCAAUGCCAGUUAUCUCCCUGUCAUGCCUGAUGGCUCUGUACUGCUGGUGGACAAUGUCUGUCACCAGUCGGGGGAAGUCUCCAUGGGCUCCUUCUGUCGGCUUCCUGGUACCUCUGGCUACUUCCCUUGUCCUCUUAGUGCCCUGGAGGAACACAACUUCCUGUUUCAGCUGAGAGGGGGUGAGCAGCCCCCUCCUGGGGCCAAGGAGGGUCUUGAAGUCCCCUUGAUUGCCGUGGUUCAGUGGUCCACCCCAAAACUGCCCUUCACCCAGAGCAUCUACACCCACUACCGCCUGCCCAGUGUCCGCCUAGACCGCCCCUGCUUUGUGAUGACCGCUUCUUGUGAAUCCCCUGUUCGGACCUACGAGCGUUUCACUGUCACCUACACGCUGCUCAACAACCUCCAAGACUUCCUUGCUGUGAGGCUUGUGUGGACCCCGGAGCACGCACAGGCUGGAAAGCAGCUGUGUGAAGAGGAGCGCCGGGCCAUGCAAGCAGCCCUGGACUCCAUCGUCUGCCACACACCCCUCAAUAACCUUGGCUUCUCCCGGAAGGGCAGCGCGCUUACCUUCAGUGUGGCCUUCCAGGCUCUGAGGACGGGGCUCUUUGAGCUGAGCCAGCACAUGAAACUGAAGCUGCAGUUCACUGCCAGUGUGUCCCACCCUCCGCCGGAGGCCCGGCCCCUGUCCCGCAAGAGCAGUCCCAGCAGCCCUGCCGUCCGCGACCUGGUGGAAAGACACCAGGCCAGCCUAGGCCGCUCUCAGUCCUUCUCCCACCAGCAGCCUUCCCGUAGCCACCUCAUGAGGUCUGGCAGCGUGAUGGAGCGCAGGGCCAUCACACCCCCUGUGGCCUCCCCUGUUGGUCGUCCCCUCUACCUGCCCCCGGACAAGGCUGUGCUUUCUCUAGACAAGAUUGCCAAGCGCGAGUGUAAAGUCCUGGUGGUGGAGCCUGUCAAGUAGCACCAGUCUGCUCACUCAGCUCUGGACACUCCAGAAACCCUAAGCCCCCGGAGGGCUCCUUGUUCCCAGGCUGCGCCUCCCACUGUAGGCAGAGAGGCCCUGCACGGCUGUCUGUCUGUGUCUGCUGCUGAGGGAUAAGGGCAGAAGCUGUGAAAUGGGCAGCAUGGCUGCAGCUCAGCCAACAGUAUUCCCCAAGUUCUCGUGGGGGGCUGGCCCCACCCCAGCAGGGCAAGGGCCGCAGGCGCUCCCUUGCCCCAGCCCUUCACUUGUCCCGAGUUUACAGAGUAUUCUCCUUCCUGUUCAAUCCUCUCUGCCUCUGAAAUUCCCUUCCACCCACCCGCAGGGCUGAGAUUAGAGGGUGGUAGUGGUAAAGGGACCCCAACAAUGACAAUGACUCUCCUGUCUCAGGGGUUGGGGACAUAGCUAGGUGGCCUCUUUCUGCCCCUCAUGUUUACGUUGGCAGCCUGAAGCACUUUAAGUUCUGUUUUCUUGGUUUUUUUGUCUGUUCCUGUAACUUAUUCUCUUGACUCCAUCUCCAACUGAAGUAAACUAUUAAACGCUCUU